UUGUUUUGUGGUUUUUAGUUUGCUUUCUUUGUGGCUGUUGCCUUGACUCACGAUGACUGUGAAGCGGGUGGACCAAGGGCAGCAUUACAGGCCAAGAAUGGCAUUCCUGAAAAAGAUCGAAGCCCUCCUCAUGGAGAUGCAGAAUCCAGACACUGGCAUCAAAAUGCACACUCAGAGGGUGAUGAUCACAAAUAUCCCACAUGCGAUGACAGGUAGUGAUAUACUGCAGUGGAUUAUCCAGCAUCUGAAAAUCGUUGAGGAAGAGGCACUAAACUUGGGGAAUCUAAUUGUCAAGUAUGGAUACAUCUACCCUCUGCAGGAGCCGAAAAACCUCACCCUCAAAACAGAUAGCAGCCUCUACAGAUUUCAGACACCAUAUUUCUGGCCCACCCAGCAGUGGGCAGCAGAUGAUACCGACUAUGCAAUCUACCUAGCCAAGAAAAAUAUUAAGAGGAAAGGGAUUUUGGAAGAGUAUGAAAAGGAACAUUACAACUUGCUAAAUAAAAAAAUAAACUACAAAUGGGAUUUUGUUAUUAUGCAGGCCAAAGAGCAGUAUAGGACAGGAAAGGAACGGAAAAAGGCAGACAGGUAUGCGCUGGAUUGUCAGGAGAAAGCCUAUUGGCUAGUGCAUCGAACACCUCCAGGCAUGCAAGACAUCCUCGACUACGGACUAGACCGAGUAACCGAUCCCAAUGAAAAUAAGAAAAAAACCAUUGAUGUUUAUAGAAGAGAGAUCAUGUACUAUCAGCAAGUCAUCAUGAAGUCCACAGUGAAGUCUUCUGUCUCCCUUGGAGGGCUUGUGAAGUACUGUGAACAGUUCCUCUCCAAUGAUCCCAUCAUGUCUGGAUGCCUCCCCAGCAACCCCUGGAUAACUGAUGACUCUGAGUUCUGGGAGCUCAAUGCAAAGCUAGUGGAAAUCCCUACCAGGAUGCGCGUGGAGCGAUGGGCCUUUAAUUUUAACGAGCUGAUGAGGGACCCGAAAGGCCGGCAGAGCUUCCAGCUGUUCCUGAAGAAAGAAUUCAGUGGAGAGAACCUGGGGUUCUGGGAAGCCUGUGAGGACCUGAAGUAUGGAGACCAAUCCAAGGUCAAAGAAAAAGCAGAAGAAAUUUACAAACUCUUCCUGGCUCCAGGGGCAAGGCGCUGGAUUAACAUUGAUGGCACAACGAUGGGCAUCACAGUCAAAGGUCUCAAGCACCCUCAUCGCUACGUUUUAGAUGCUGCUCAAACUCAUAUUUAUAUGCUCAUGAAAAAGGACUCUUAUGGUCGCUAUUUAAAGUCUCCAAUAUACAAGGAGAUGUUGGCCAAGGCCAUUGUGCCCCAAGAGACAGUGAAGAAAAGUUCCAGUUUCCCAUUCGCACGCCGUCACCUCCGCUCCAGCCCCAGCCCCGUCAUCCUGAGGCAGCAGGAAGAAGAGGCCAAGGCCAAAGAAGCAGCAACAAACGUGGAUAUUACCCAGUUGUGUCAGUUCACUGCUCCGGUCCCUCACCUGGCUGUGUACACCGGUACCUCUGUUCCUUCAUCUCCAUCAACUCCGCACCCCUCCUGCCACAUCCCAAACAACCUGCCUUCCCAAUCCCCUGGACACAUCACUCUGCCAAACAGCACUGUCUGCCCCUCACCCAUUAGCGUAGCCCUGGACAGCACCCCCUGCUUGGAGAGGAAGUGGGAAGCCAAUGAAUCUAACACUAACCACUUUCCUUCUAUCACUGAGAGCACAGAGAUUUCCAUGGACUCUGAAUCAGGCACUUGCAACAGCCAGGUGCCGGGGAACAUGGAAGCCAAGGUGCCUCCCAAAUCCCGGACGACCUUGUCCUUCAGCAGGUUCUUGAAACGGGGAUGUUUAAACUCACCGGUGUUUGCCACUCUCUCGCCGAAGUGCCCGGCUGUCACCCACGGAAAGGUCCAGCCACUGGAUGACCUGGAACAACAACUGCAGCAGAAGUCCAAAAAAGUGACCAACUUCUUCCAGAUAAAAGUGGAUAUUCCUCUAGAGAGCAGAAUCUACCCAAUAGACUCUGAGGAGGAAGAGGAGGACUGCCCCCGGGCAUGUAAGGACUCUGUGAAGGAAGUUAUCUGCCCUUGGGAGAACUUUACAGAACAAGGGAAAGCUGGAUAACAAGCAACUCUUAAGGCAGACAGGA